GAGAAACGGGAAAGUAGCGCCACCGGCGGGGAGGCAGGAAGUCGAGAUAAAGAGUCGGACUUACCUGGACCGCUGAACAAGGACUUAAUUUAUCAAAACGACGUGGAGGGCGCCACUAAUCUUGAUUCGCUCAACCACUACCAUAGAAUCUGA